CCCUUUCAAUUAUCAUCUCCCCUUUCAUGCCAUCUUCACUCCAUCUUCCUUCAUCAUCUUUUCCCAACUGCAAUUCACUGCAGUCCUUCCAGUAACUCAACCACAUCAUUCUCCUUAUAGGGUCCCAAAGGUACUCAUAAAUAUGUCAACUAGCAACGGACACAAUCAAUCCGGGGAAUUGUGCCGUCGCUAUCCACUUGCUGAGAUACAAUGGGCGACCCACAACUUCGAUGAUGCUUUGCUCAUCGGGAAAGGCGGAUUUGGUAAGGUGUAUAAAGGGUUCAUGAACUAUGGAGCUACCGUCGUUGCCAUUAAGCGGCUGAAUACGGAGUCCAAGCAAGGGGCACAAGAGUUUUGGUCAGAGAUCAAGACGCUUUCCAUGCUCCAGCACCCUCAUCUCGUCACACUGAUUGGCUACUCUGAUGACUGCGAGGAGAUGAUACUUGUUUAUGAAUACAUGGCCAAUGGGACCCUCGCGGAUCAUCUCUACAAAACCCCUGGACAAGGAAACACCGAUACUCAUCAUCUCACUUGGAAGCAAAGGCUUCAAAUUUGCAUCAAUGCUGCUCGCGGACUGGACUACCUUCAUAACACUGAGCAGGGUAUUAUACACAGGGAUGUCAAGACUACCAACAUUCUCUUAGACGAAAACUGGGUCGCUAAGAUUGCAGAUUUUGGGUUGUCCAAAAUGGGCACCGCGCAAACCCACGUUAGCACAGAUGUUAAAGGCACGUUCGGUUAUUUGGAUCCAGAGUACUUCUUGACUCGUAGACUAACCAAGAAGUCGGAUGUGUAUGCCUUCGGUGUGGUGUUAUUUGAAGUAUUAUGUGCAAGGCCGCCAGUGGAUAUCAGAAUUGACAACAACGAGGGGGAACACAGUUUACCCUUCUGGGCUCAACAUUGCAUGAAGAAGGGAAUGCUUGAUCAGAUCAUCGAUCCCAAUUUAAGGGGGCAAAUAGCACCAAAGUGUCUGAAGCUAUUUGCGGAAGUUGCUAGCAAAUGUUUGCACAAAAAUCCACAAGGAAGGCCUAUGAUGGCUGAAGUGGAAGGGAGCCUCAAGCACAUAUUGAUAUCAUAUGGCAACAUACCAAAGUCCACAAAAAGUGUCAGCAAGGUUAUUAUGGGUUUUGCACGCGUACCAUCUCAAGGUAUAGUUUUGGUGAAAAAGAUGUUGAAUAACCAUAUCAUCUCCAGGUAUGGCUCUGAGAAUGGAUUUAUGAGGAAGUUGCAGAGGGACCCAUUUGAGCUCACUCCUGCUCGGCUAUGCCGACAUUUUAAGCUGGCAAAAAUUCAAGCUGCAACAAACAAUUUCCAUGAGAAUCUGUUGAUUGGAGAUGUUGGUUAUACCAAAGUCUAUAGAGGGCUUAUUGACAGGGGAAAUACAGAGGUGGCGAUUAAACGGUGGAAAGAAGGGAAAUCAAGAGAAAGGAACCUAGACCAGUUUACAGCUGAGAUCCAGGUGCAAUCCCAGCUCCACCACCUUCACAUCGCCCCUUUAGUUGGAUAUUGCACUGACAAACAUGAAUUGAUUCUUGUGUAUGAGUGCAUGGUCAACAAAUCUCUCUACCAUAAUCUCUAUGGGCCGAAUCACAGUCCUCUUCCAUGGAAAAAACGUCUUGAGAUCUGCAUAGGUGCAGCACGAGGACUGCAAUACCUACGGACAGGUACGAAACAGACAAUUGUUCACCACAACCUAAAGCCAACCAGUAUUCUCUUGGACGAGAAUUGGGCUGCCAAACUUUCAAGUUUAGAGUUUUCCGUUGUGCUACCCACCAACGGAUUGACUGCUACCUGCAGUACCUUUGUCGCUGGCAAUGUGGGGUACAUGGAUCCAGAGUACCUUGCAAGUUCAAAAUUAACUGUAAAAUCCGAUGUGUACUCAUUCGGGGUCAUCUUACUGGAAGUCCUAUGUGGUAGGAAAACAAUGGUUAUCACAAGGGAUGAGGCUGAGGCAAAUUUAGUCCAUUGGUUCAAAACUAAUGUUCAAAUGGGUACCGUUGAUCAGAUCAUUGAUCCAGUCCUAGUUGAUACAAUAGCACCUGAAUGUUUAAAGGAAUAUGUCCUGAUUGCAGAAAAUUGCGUGCAAGGUGAGGGGAUUGAACGUCCAUCAAUGGAUGCUGUAGUAGGUAGCCUGUGGUGUGCACUGCAGCUGCAGGAGGCUUGGCUAAACAAGUCCCAUGAGGCCAUCCCUCGUUCUCAGAAUCAGUUCUCUAAUGAUAGCGCAAUUGUUGACAUCCCUGGUAAAGGAGGUAGCAGUGGGAUGAGUUUUCCGAGUUUGGAAGAUUCCACGUAUUUUUCAGGUUGUGAGAGGUGACAAUGAAGCGCAAGCAUCGAACCAAUCUGAUUCAGAGAUCUGCUAAAACACAACCCAUGAACAAGAAGUGUCCUUUAUUGCCUCUUUCAUAGCCAUACAAUAAAGCAUAAUGUUGAUUAAAUCUCCUCUUUCUAUUCAUAGAAGAAACCCACUCAAUAUGCAUUCAGAUGUGCUAAUUCCUAUCUCCAUUAUUUCAAUAUUAAAUUCCCAAGUUUGAACAAACACAAAGCAUAUUGGGCUCUCCUCCCCAUGUGGGAGGCCAGGUUCGAGCCACGUCGUUGGCAUUUGGGAUUCAGGGCUACAAAUAGCCUCUAAAACCCCUUGUGAACUAACCUACUAACACCC